AUGAGAAGUCGGAUCAUUUUCACUUGGGUGCUAUUACUAAUUUGCUUCACUUCUGUGUCAUCCUCAAAAGAUAUUGCUCUUUUUCUAAGCGAUGAAAUUGUGGUGUCAAGAAUCAGUAAGAUGCUUCGUGAGCUGUCAAAUGUCUUCAAUGUUGUCGUCCGAAGCACUGACAUACAAGAAAGAACCAUUUGUACAAAUAUUCCUGUCAGAUUUCUUGGAUCGAACGGGCAAACCGCAUUGAUCAUCCUUCCAUCAAGAAUUCAAUUCAUGCAAGAGUGCAAAAGAGUGAUACAAGGGAGCGUUGUUUUGGCACAAGUCUUGGAGUACGGUAUAACUUAUGGUAGUGUUUUCCACGGGGAAGACAGAAUACGAGAUGGACAAAUGCAGGAUCUCAUCGAAUAUCUCAACAAUAUAACGGUCAGUCGUGAUAUUGUUCAUAAAGUCGGAGAUCGCUACGUUGGCGUAAAGGAACACGUUAGCCUUGGAGAUCUGAUCAGUGUUCCAUUAUGGGUAGUCAUACCUAUCUGUUCAUUACUGGUAUUAUUUAUCUGCGCUAGUGUAGUUUUUUGUAUAAAGAAGCCUAAGUCUGCAAAAAAACUACCCACGAAAGAAACCCAAAAGAGCGAAAGUGUGGGGCUGUCAAAGGAUUCAAUAGCAGAAGAAUCUACGAUGGAAGAAGAAAAUCUAGAUCAGUCAACAAGUAAAGAAAUCCGGAAAGAAAACAUUGCGAGCGACGGCGAUGGUAGCCGUGGUGAAAAGAAGUGUACAUCACAUGCACCUUUGGUUAUAAAAACUCGCGAUCCGCUAGAGGAGACUCGCUGGAAAGGCUCCAAGGCAAGGGAAUUAGGCGAUGGCUACAAGCUGAUCUACCACGGCACAUCAAAUCGCAAUGGCGUUGGUAUCAUAUUGAACGAGUCGUUUAGAAAUAGCGUCACAGCAGUGGAUCGACUAUCGGAUCGCUUGAUGGCUGUAAAAGUAGAUACAGGAAAAGUGGAAUUGCGAGUCGUCUCUGCUUAUGCGCCACAGGGGGGCUGUAGUAAAGAAGAGAAGGCAAGCUUUUGGGAGGAUCUGGAGCAGUACGUCCAAUCCCUGGAAAAUGAAGAAAUACUUUUAAUCGGAGGAGACUUCAACGGACAUGUCGGUUCUCGGAAAGACGGAUUCGAGAGUUGUCAUGGUGGAUACGGCUAUGGAGCUCGUAACGACGACGGGUUGCGAAUCCUGGAGUAUGCUGUUGCAAGAUUCAAAAGUCAUCCCUACAGACCAUGUCGCUGCCCACGAACAUCUGCUCGUUAUGGACUUGAAAAUCUCCCGUCUAAGAGACAUGCAAGGACUGAAACACAACGCAUCAAAUGGUGGAAUCUGAAGGAUCGGAAGGAGGCGGCAAUUCGUGGGAAGUCCAAGUAUAAGCUCUGGUGGAGAACGCGUCAGCCUGAAGAUCGGGGUGCUUACCUAGCGGCGAAGAGGGAGGCCAAGAAGGCAGUCUCCAAGGCGAAGUCGGACCGCCACAAGGCUGUGUACGACAUGCUUGAUACCAGAGAAGGCGAGCGGGCAGUGUAUCGUUUAGUCAGAGCGCGUCAUCUCUCAACGUUGGAUAUGGAGCACACCAAGAUCGUUAAGGCAGCUGAUGAAACCGUUCUGCGCCGCUCUGGUCAGAUCCUGGAGAGGUGGCGAGAGUACUACAAUCUUUUGUGUGACGAAGAGUUCUGUCAUCCUCCCAUCCCAACCGUUCCCAGCGUCGAGGGUCCUGUUCUACCAAUUACUGCCGUCGAAGUCAGUGCUGCCCUCGCAAAAAUGAAAUCGAACAAGGCAACCGGUCCUGAUGACAUACCUGCUGAUGUCUGGAAGCUGCUAGGAGAUCGAGGGCCCAUGUGGCUCGCAACUCUAUUUAACAAGAUCGUUGCAGAAGGACGGACUCCAGACGUUUGA